AGAUAAAGUAGGAUAAAUAUAUAAAUAUAAAUGGACAGCAUCAUUGGACGUGGACAGUUUGUCUCCGAGACAGCAAAUCUUUUCACAGAUGAAAAGACGGCUACAGCACGAGCCAAGGUGGUAGAUUGGUGUAAUGAGUUUGUCACGUCGGGCGCAGCUCAGAAAUGUGAGCUGCUGGCCAAAGUGCAGGAAACGGUUUUAAGCUCCUGUCCAGAGCUAGCAGAGGAAUUCUUGGAGGCUGUGCUUACGUUGGCUCAUGACCCAAACAUGGAUGUGCGCAAGCAAGUGGUUGGCUUUGUGGAGCAACUAUGUAAAGUAAAAGUGGAAUUGCUACCUCAUGUGAUCAAUGUAAUAUCAAUGUUGUUGCGAGACAACACGGCCCAAGUGAUGAAACGAGCAAUUCAGGCAUGUGGCAGCAUCUAUAAGAACGGUAUACACUACCUGUGCCGUCUUGACGAUCCUAGUGAUAGUGCCGAGCAGGCUUGGAACGUGCUCAGUCUGAUUAAAGCACAAAUUCUAGACAUGAUUGAUAAUGAGAACGAUGGCAUACGUACCAAUGCAGUUAAGUUUCUCGAAGGGAUUGUUGUACUGCAGAGCUAUGCCGACGAGGACAGCCAGAAGCGCGAGGGUGACUUUUCUCUGGCAGAUGUUCCCGAGAAUUGCAAGCUGUUCCGUCGCCAAAAACUGCAGGAUGAAGGCAACAAUAUAUUUGACAUUUUACUGCAGUUCCAUGGCACUACCCACAUAUCUUCAGUGAACUUGAUUGCCUGCACCAGCAGCCUAUGCACUGUGGCAAAGAUGCGUCCCAUCUUUAUGGGUCCAGUAGUUGAGGCCUUUAAGCAGUUGAAUGCCAAUCUCCCUCCCACUCUCACCGACUCCCAAGUGAGUUCGGUUCGCAAAAGUUUGAAAAUGCAACUGCAGACACUGUUAAAAAGCCGGGGCGCCUUUGAAUUCUCUGCCGUGAUACGUGGUUUGCUCUUGGAGCUGGGCUCAUCAAACAAUGAAAUCCAAAAGCUUAUGCCCAAGAUGGACAAACAAGAGUUGGCACGUCGGCAGAAACGCAUUCUCGAAAAUGCUGCCCAAAGUCUGGCCAAAAAGGCACGAAUAAGCAAUCAACAACGUGAGAGGGAACGCGAAACAGAGCUGGAGAUUGAUGUCGAGGAGCUGGAACGUCAGCGUCAAAAGUCCACACGUGUCAAUGAAAAGUUUCUAGCCGAGCAUUUACGCGCUCCAGAGGCAGCAGUCCAUAUGGUAUUGGAAUUUCUUCCACAGUUGCCAGACGAGGUGCCAGAGCGAUUCCUGUCGGAGUACGUACCCAUGAAACAGAUGUCCACACAGCAGCAGGUGACCAAUAUAUCUCGUCUAUUUGGCCAGCAACUGACGGACAAGCGUUUGGGACCUGGCUCCGCUGCAUUCAGUAAAGAGCCUCCUAUGAGAAAGAAACUGCAACAGGCUAAACCCAUGGAUGUCGAUGACAAUGAGAUUGAGGCACGUCAGCUUCAAAGCGAACAGGAACUGCAACGUAAGACAGAGGAGGCCACCAAAAAACUUCGCGAAACCAUGGAACGAGCUAAGGGUGAACAGACCGUGAUCGAACGAAUGAAGGAGCGGGCAAAAACCCUAAAGCUGCAGGAGAUUACCAAACCCCUGUCUCGUAAUGUCAAAGAAAAGUUCCUGCUGGAUGCUGUCACUAGGAUUCUAAACUCAGAGCGGAAGUGCAUCAAAGGAGGAGUCUCCGCAAAACGUCGCAAACUGGUUACAGUUAUAGCGGCCACAUUUCCAGAUAAUGUCCGCUAUGGCAUAAUGGAGUUUAUUCUCGAUGACAUUAAGCAGCGUAUAGACUUGGCUUUCUCUUGGCUAUUCGAGGAGUAUUCCCUCCUGCAGGGAUUCACCAGACAUACCUAUGUAAAGACAGAGAACCGUCCCGAUCAUGCCUACAACGAGCUGCUGACCAAACUGAUCUUUGGCAUUGGACAGCGUUGUGAUUUCAAGGAUAAAAUAAUUCUUAUACGACGUGUCUAUUUGGAGGCUCCCAUUCUGCCGGAAGAGGCUAUUGGGCAUUUGGUGCAGCUGAGUCUCGUGGACGAGUUCACCCAACAUGGGCUUGACUUAAUCAAGGAUCUGGCCAUAUUAAGACCACCACGAAAGAAUCGAUUUGUACGAAUUCUUUUACAAUUCGCCGUACACGAACGUCUGGACUUGCAAGAGCGAGCCUUGUCCCAUUUAGUUACAUUGUACCAUGUGCAUAAGAUUUUACCAGCUCGCAUUGACGAGUUUGCCCUUGAGUGGUUGGCAUUUAUUGAACAGGAAACGCCGCCAGCUGCAAUAUUCUCUCAAGAUUUCGGGCGGCCCAACCCGGAGGGUGCCUGGCGGGAAGAUACCACCAAGACUUGUCUAGUGUUGGCCUUCACACUGUUACCCUUUAAGCCCGAGAUCUACUUGGACAAACUGUGUCAGGUGUUUGGGGCAACGUCGGCAGAGCUAAAGCGCACAAUAUUGCGUAAUUUAGAUGUACCCAUUAAGAAGCUGGGCGUAGAGAAUACAAUUUUGCUGAAACUGAUAGAGGAGUGUCCCAAGGGCAUGGAAACUCUGGUGAUUCGCUUUAUAUAUAUUCUCACAGAACGUGUGCCAACGCCAAAUGUGAACUUGGUGCAAAGAGUACGUGAUCUCUAUCAACACAAGGUUAAUGACGUGCGCGUUCUUAUUCCCGUGCUCAGUGGCCUUUCCCGCACCGAAUUGCUGACCAUAUUGCCCAAACUUAUCAAAUUGAAUCCUGCUGUGGUCAAGGAGGUAUUCAAUCGAUUGCUUGGCAUUGGAGCCGAAUUUGCCAAUCAAACGAUGGCCUUAUCUCCGACGGAUCUAUUGGUCGCUCUGCAUACCAUCGAUCCAAAUAUUUGCGAUUUGAAGGCAAUCGUUAAGGCCACCUCCAUGUGCCUGGCUGAGCGGGAGCUUUAUACCCAGGAUGUACUCAUGGCUGUACUUCAGCAAUUGGUAGAAGUCGUUCCCGUGCCCACACUUAUGAUGCGAACCACCAUACAGAGUCUGACGCUUUAUCCCCGCCUGGCCAAUUUUGUGCUUAAUCUCUUGCAACGCUUGAUUCUUAAGCAGGUGUGGCGUCAAAAGGUCAUCUGGGAGGGAUUCCUCAAGACAAUCCAACGCCUGAAACCGCAAUCGCUACCAGUGCUAUUGCAAUUGCCACCGGCACAAUUAGCUGAUGCACUGCAGCAAUGUCCAGACUUGAGACCGUCGUUACUUGAGUAUGCUGAUAGUAUGCAGGAUGAGCCCAUGAGUGGUAGUGGAAUAACCCAACAGAUUAUGGACAUAAUUACAGGAAAGGCUGUGGACGUUUUUGUUACGGAUGAGACUGGUGGCUACAUCAGUGCUGAUCAAAUAAAAAAGGAGACAGAGGAUCCCACGGACGUGAUCAGUGUGAUAUCCACCGUAUCAACUGUACCGGCAUCUUUACCUCUUCCUGUACCAGCACCCGUUAGUGAUCGCAACCAGCCUCUGCCCCCAGGCGAGGAUUAGACAUUAAACAUGCUUUGUUAACCCUCAAUUUUAUUCACUCCAAAAAGAAAUCGCAGUUUAUUUAUUGA